AUGUGGGAAAUAUGUUUCUUUGAUUUGGUGCAGCAAUCCUCGCGCAGUCAGCAGCAGCAGCAGCAGCAGCAGCAACAGCAGCAACAGCAGCAGCAACAGCAGCAGCAGCAGCAGCAACAGCAGCAGCAGCAGCAGCAACAGCAGCAGCAGCAGCAGCAACAGCAGCAGCACCAGCAGCAUGCAUCACAGCACGCACGAUAA